CCCUCCUCCAGGGUAGGAAAACAUUACGGACGGUGAGUGUGGACCGUGUCAGGAAAAAUAGCUUCUUGGAAUUUUUUUUACUCCAGGGUUGGAAUACUUUUUUUGUGGUGGGGGGGUCUACAUGAUUUGUUACAAGCACAAAUCCAUGUAUCUGUCGUCUUGGAAUUGAGUUGUAGUAAUCUUCACGGAGCUUGUCUUCUCACCUGGGAGGACGCCGAGUCCCGUCAGCUGGCGGUCGGGAUAACUAUUUCCGCCGUGUUGUUCGUGGUAUGACGGCUAGCUGAUAGCUGGGACCGCUGCAAUGCUAGGUGGUAAUGAGCCAGAUCGCUUUUUUAGCUGAAACAGUUUAAGUGGAUAUUAAAAGGUUGUUCGAGACAAAGGAUAAGGAAUACCUAGCUUUUGCAUUAUUCUGGAACGGUAUUCUUCACUACAUUUACCAGCAUGCACAGCGGCAGAUGUGACAGCCACCGAGGCAGAGAUUCCACAAGCCUUCAAUGUGUUUUUUUCUGGAUGUUUUUGACGGCAUGUCUCCUCCACCGCGAGAGAAACCGCUGACUUUUGGAUUGUCCCCCAUUUUCUAUUUUUCUGAUCAAAUAUUAACUAUGUGUGUCGACGCAGCAGCUUGGAUUUGUUUGGAUACAUUUAACACUUUGAAGUGAGUCGGACGGGAAAAUCGACAGAAAGGAAGCACCAGUUAAAAACAUAAAGGGUCCUUUUCCCCCCUAAAGAAAUAUCAUGGCAUCUGUGUGGAAAAGAUUACAACGUGUGGGGAAACACGCGUCCAAGUUUCAGUUCGUGGCUUCCUAUCAGGAGUUGAUGGUGGAAUCCACGAAGAAAUGGCAACCAGACAAGCUGGUAGUGGUGUGGACUCGCAGGAGCCGACGGAAAUCCUCCAAGGCUCACAGCUGGCAGCCAGGCAUCAAGAACCCCUACCGAGGAGUGGUGGUGUGGCCUGUACCGGAAAACGUAGAAAUCUCUGUCACACUCUUCAAGGACCCCCACGCAGAGGAGUUUGAAGACAAGGAGUGGACGUUUGUCAUAGAAAAUGAGUCUCCUUCAGGUCGUAGAAAGGCUCUGGCCAGCAGCAGCAUCAACAUGAAGCAGUAUGCCAGCCCCAUGCCCACACAGACUGACGUCAAGCUCAAGUUCAAGCCCCUCUCCAAGAAGGUGGUGUCUGCCACGCUACAGUUCUCCCUCUCCUGCAUCUUCCUCCGUGAGGGCAAGGCCACUGACGAGGACAUGCAGAGCCUGGCCAGCCUGAUGAGUAUGAAGCAGGCUGAUAUCGGCAACCUGGAUGACUUUGAGGAGGAGGACGAGGAGAAUGAGGAGAACAGGGCCAACCAGGAGGAGAAGGCUGCUAAGAUCACAGAGAUGGUAAACCAGCUCAAUGCUCUCAGCUGCUUAGCCGGAGACCCUGAGGACUACUUCCUAAAGCUGGCUAGUAAAAGGCCAAGCAGCGCUCGGUCUCCCUCCCAAGAGCUGAUCAGUAAGCUGAACUUCCUGGAGGAGGAUCAGGACACGCCCCCUGCCCUCUGCUCCAAUCCCUUCGAAGAUCCGGCUGAUGAUGUUGAUGACGCCUCCCACCUGGAACACACCAAUCACUUCAACCCGUUCGGUGAUGAUGAUGAUGAUGGACCCCCUUCCCUGCCCCCCUCCCUCACCCUCCGACAGGACCCAGAGGCCCACUAUGUCCAGGAACCCUCUAACCCCUUCGACGAGGACGAAGUCAACACACACUCGCACACAGAGUACAACCCGUUUGACGAGCCCGACCAGGAUCCAGACCUAGUCCCAGACCCCGACCCCCAGGUCCAGCAGCCGGAGGCUCCCAAACCCAGGGGGAGGAAGGGGGUCAGGCCGGUGGAUAUGAGCAAGUACCUGUAUGCUGACACCAACCCACCACCAGAGGACCAACUGGAUGAAUCCAACCCGUUCUACGAGCCCCGGACCUCCAGCCCAUCCCGGCCCUCCGGGGGCCCCUCUCCAGACUUCAGUAACCAGAAGAGGAGAGCCCCGCUACCUCCCAGACCUCCAGGCCCCAGCCCCUCGGCCCCCAACACCUCCAGGGAGGGGGCAGAGAGGGAGAGAUUCAUGCCCAGUAGACCCAGUGCCGUGGCAGCUGUGGUGGGGCGAGAUCUGGCCUUCUCCUCCCCUAAGCCCAGUCCUAUCCCGAGCCCAGUGCUUGGUGGGAAGCCCAACGCUAGCCAAUCCCUGCUGGCCUGGUGCCGUGAGGUCACAAAGAAUUACCGCGGAGUCAAGAUCACCAACUUCACCACAUCCUGGAGGAACGGCCUGGCAUUCUGCGCCCUUCUCCAUCACUUCAGACCUGAUUACAUAGACUACAAGACCCUCAAUCCUCAGGAUAUUAAGGAAAACAACAAAAAGGCGUAUGAUGUUUUUGCCAACCUGGGCAUCAGUCGUCUGCUGGAGCCAUCUGACAUGGUUCUGCUGGCCAUCCCUGACAAGCUGACCGUCAUGACGUACCUCUACCAGAUCAGAGCCCACUUCAGUGGAGAGGAACUCAACGUGGUGCAGAUAGAAGCCAACAGCAGCCGCAGCACAUACAAGGUGGGAGACUUCGAGACAGACACCAACGCCUCCAUCGGCCAGGACAAGUUCUAUGCCGAGCUAAACGUCAGUGACGCUAAUGCCCAGACCACUGGAUCCAGUGGGGACGUUAGCAUCGGAGCUAACGGCGCUAGCGCCACCAAUGGAGCCGUGGGGAAAGAGGAGGAGGAGAUGGAGGUGGUGAGGAAGAGUGAGACUGUGUCUUUCUCCCUCCCUGACUUUGGGGUGUCCCCCUCCUCUCUCACCUCACCCCCCCUCCCCUUGCCCCGCGCGGCUCUACCCCCCACCGCCACAGAGUCCUCCCACCCCAGAGCAGCGCCUCGCUCCCUUGCCGCCACACCUCUGGGAGACGAUCGCCAUCAAUUACAACUAUCCCUGAAGGCAGUCACCCUGGACCUGAGCCAGCUCCCUCUGAGGACGGAGAGAGGGACGGAGAGAGGGACGGAGAGAGGGACGGAGAGAGGGACGGAGAGAGGGACGGAGAGAGGGACGGAGAGAGGGAUGGAGAGAGGGACGGAGAGAGGGACGGAGAGA